AUGGGGCGCCGGGGCGUGCAGCAGCUGACGCCCGCGCAGUGGCGCGAGGCGCUGGAGCAGCAGAUCCGCGAGAAGCAGCAGCAGAAGGAGGAAGUGGAGCAGCCGCAGAGGUGGUCGCAGAGCGCCCCGCAGCAGGUCGACGGCGAGCAGCUCGCUAUGGCCCCCGGGCUGGAGCGCGCGGCCACGACGGGCAGUGGAGAGACUGGCGAAGGCCAAGCGGUAGGCGGGAGGAGGCGCGUGUGGCAGCAGUCGAGGGAGGACUAUCUCAGGGGGCUGCAGGAACAGAUCGAGGAGAAGAAGCGACUGGCGGAGGAGCAGCGGCUGAAGGAGCAGCAGUCUAGACGGCGGCGGCGGUCGAGGAGUGAGGAUGAUGAUGGCAAGCUUCAUUCGGACUUGCAGCAGAGGCUGGAGGAUGCAAAGGCGACCGCCUCCUCGAACCAGCUCGAAGUUGAUCCGUGCCCACCUCCAGUGCUGAAAGCGGAAGUCGCGGCGGACCCUGUGGUGAUCACGAAGAUCGUGGAUUUCUGUGAGGAGCUCAAGAAGCAGAAUGAAGACGUCAAGAGGCAGCUGCUCGAGCAGCACGCUACAAGUCGCAAGUGA